AUGAGUACUUCACGUAUAGCCCGCGGCACCAGCAAGAUUGCUAACUCAGUGUCUUCAAAAAGUGAGCCAUUGCGCGCAACUCAAGGCCGAACGCUUAUGCAUUAUGGGUUUGGCGCAGAGCACCCCGUGGCAGCUGGGAAACGCGCUGUAAAGCAAGAGCUUGGAGAUGAAUCCGGAUCAGAACUCUCCUCUGUGCCCUCAGAUUUGGAUGAGAAUCUCGAACCUGUAGACGGAAUUGUGACUUCUCUCCACAAACGAAAGCGCGGCGCAGGUACACCGACUUCGGAGACGACUACGCAGAAAGACAUUGUCACCACACAGACACCUCCAAGGAAGCGGCUAGCUCUGGGUGUAGAGCCAGACACCGUCGCAGCCAACGACAAAGCCAAGAAGUCGCGUCGUACGCCAGCGAAGAAGAUCGUUGGCGCACAUGGCAAAGUCAAAGUCGAGCCCCCGCCAAACUGGGAAGAGGUGUAUAACCUGACGAAGGAGAUGCGGUCGAAGGUGCUAGCUCCAGUCGAUACGAUGGGUUGCGAGAGUCUGGCGGAAGGGUAUCGGUCGCCCCGAGACCAGAGGUUCCAGACGCUGAUUUCGUUGAUGCUUUCGAGUCAGACCAAGGACACGGUCACUGCGGCUGCGAUGAGAAAUUUGCAGGAGAACCUACCUGGCGUAUGUGCCUGCGGACUUACCCUCGAGUCAAUACUCGCAGUCUCCCCAACCCUGCUCAACGAGCUCAUCAGGAUGGUCGGCUUCCACAACAACAAAACAACCUUCAUCAAGAAGACAGCCGAGAUCUUGCGCACCUCCUUCAAAGGCGACAUACCAGAUACCAUCGAAGGCCUCGUCUCCCUGCCUGGCGUCGGUCCAAAGAUGGCAUACCUAACCAUGUCCGCCGCGUGGGGCCGUGACGAGGGUAUCGGGGUCGAUGUGCAUGUUCACCGUAUCACCAAUCUGUGGGGCUGGCAUAAAACGAAGACCCCCGAGGAGACGAGAGCGAGCCUUGAGGCUUGGUUGCCGAGAGACAAGUGGCAUGAAAUCAACAAGCUGUUGGUAGGGUUCGGGCAGACGAUUUGUUUGCCUGUUGGAAGGAAGUGUGGUCAGUGUGUACUGAGUGAGAGAGGAUUGUGUCCGGGUGCGGUAGUUGGGAAGGAGGUCAGGCGGGUGAAGAAGGUGAAGGAAGAGGUGGUGGGGGGUAAGCCUGUCAAGCAAGAGGUGGAGGUGGAGGUAGAGCGGGCAGUCAAGGCUGAGGACGUUAACGGUGAUGCUGUGCCUGAUAUGGAAGAUGUCGGGGGUCCGCCGCAAAGCAGGCGGAAGUCGAGAACGCUAGCUUCAUAA